AUGGGCUACAUCACACAAUUGACGUGCGAUGUGCGCCAUGUAAAAGAGACAGACAACAUCAUCGCAGGCACCCUCUUCUGCAUUGUCAUGGUUUCUGUUGUACCUGACGCUAGAAUUGAUUAUCAAGCCAUGGCAGAAGCACAGGAACGGGAGCUUAAGACUAACGACACUGAGUUCUGGAACGAAUUGGAGAAACUCACUCGGAUUUGCCUUAGUAACGAGUAG